AGGUUGCGUUGCACGCGGAGCAGUCUGGGACUUGUAGUUCUCGAGAUGGAGCGAGCUGUGCCGCACGCUGUGCCUCUGGGUCAGAUGGAAGUGUUUCAGGCCCUACAGCGGCUGCACAUGACUAUUUUCUCCCAGAGUGUCUCACCCUGUGGGAAGUUCCUGGCGGCUGGCAACAAUUAUGGGCAGAUAGCCAUCUUCAGCUUGUCUGCUGCUUUGAGCUCUGAGGCCAAAGAGGAAAGUAAAAAACCCGUAGUGACCUUCCAAGCCCACGAUGGGCCAGUCUACAGCAUGGUCUCCACUGAUCGACAUAUGUUCAGCGCUGGGGAUGGGGAGGUGAAGGCCUGGCUUUGGGCAGAGAUCCUCAAGAAGGGCUGUAAGGAGCUGUGGCGUCGUCAGCCCCCAUACAGGACCAGCCUGGAAGUACCAGAAAUCAAUGCUUUGCUUCUUGUCCCCAAGGAGAAUUCCCUUAUCCUGGCAGGGGGAGACUGCCAGUUGCAUACAAUGGACCUUGAGACGGGGAGCUUCACAAGGGCCCUCCGGGGCCACACAGACUAUAUCCACUGCCUGGCACUGCGGGAGCGGAGCCCUGAGGUGCUGUCAGGUGGCGAGGAUGGGGCUGUGCGGCUUUGGGAUCUCCGUACUGCCAAGGAGGUCCAGACGAUUGAGGUCUAUAAGCAGGAGGAGUGCUCAAGGCCCCACAAUGGGCGCUGGAUUGGAUGUUUGGCAACUGACUCAGACUGGAUGGUCUGUGGAGGGGGCCCAGCACUCACCCUCUGGCACCUCCGCUCCUCAACGCCCACCACCAUCUUCCCCUUACGGGCACCACAGAAGCACGUCACCUUCUACCAGGACCUGAUUCUGUCAGCUGGCCAGGGCCCCUGCGUCAACCAGUGGCAGCUGAGUGGGGAGCUUAAGGCCCAGGUGCCUGGCUCCUCCCCAGGGCUGCUCAGCCUUAGCCUCAACCAGCAGCCAGCGGCACCUGAGUGCAAGGUGCUGACAGCUGCAGGCAACAGCUGCCGGGUGGAUGUCUUCACCAAUCUGGGCUACCGUGCCUUCUCCCUGUCCUUCUGACAUCCAGCAAAACCCUCGCCCCCCCAACCCAGGGAUCUGGUUUUGUAUUUUUUACAAAUAAAAUUUCAGGCUUUUCUUCCA